CAUUAUCGCUCGUGAUCGCCGUAUCUCCGGCUUCAAUCCCAGUUCAGUCGUCUAAUCGAAUCGCAUUUUCGUUCUUCAUCGACCUUCCGAUCAAACCAUCCGGACUUCUGUAGCUGGAUUUCUUACUCCCGGCCGGGAGAAUUGGGGGAAAACCCUAAAAUUGGGCCCUCGGGGAUUAGGGCUUUUCUGAUUGCAACGCAUGUCGACGGGCAAACCCAGGGACGGAGACCUGCAGCUGGUGGCGGCGGCGGAGAAGCCGAUGUCGGCGCUCCCGCCGAGGCCCCCGGCUGGCGGCGGCUCCACCGCGAUCGUGGAGUACACCGCGCCGCUGCUCCAGGAGGAAGAGGAGGACCUGGAGGUUAAGCUGAGGCGGAUCAUAGAGAAUGUUCCCGUCCGUGUUAGUAACACCUCCGGGAGUUCUGCUGGUUCAGGGUCCGGCGAUUUUCAUCAGUAUCGGCAGAUGAGACGGAAGGAGCAAGACCGGCUAGCAAGAAUGGACGCUGAUUACCAGAAAAGGAAAGAAAUGGCCGAAUAUAUGAUGAGAAGGGAAGAGAGAUUGAAAGCAGCGGAGGAACGUACAGCAAAGAAGCGUUUGAAGCGCCAAAAGAAGAAGCAAAGGAAGAAGGAGAAGAAGAUGAAACCUAGCUUGGGCGGAGGAGAGCAUCCGAAGGGGGAGUCCUCUGAUGACGACGAAGGUGAUUCGGAUAAUGGCGAGGAAGCAGCAAGUUGAUCAAUCCUGUUCUUCUUAAUUUUUGUAAUGUUAAGGUUGCUUUGUUAUAGGAAAUUGAUUUUCCUUAGCACAGCUCGUCGUCCCCGCCUACACUUGACGAGAAUUUCCCAAAAUUGUAAGGUUUUAGGGUGUUGAUUCAGUGACAAGAAAGAGAUGCUGGAGUUUCCAUCUUGCUACAUGAUGUCUGGCAAACUACAGUAGUGCACAGGUUGUUUUCACUGGUGUUCAUGGUCAUGGCUUGGGCUAGUUACUAGUAGUCAGUGGUUGAGCCAUCCAUGGCAGAUGUGAUUGAACUUUUCAACCGUAUAGGACAGACCCUUCAAGAAGACAUUCUUCUGUUCCAA